ACAGUAAUUUUACGUAUUUACGAAUUAGCGGACUUCCUGGGCGUCAAACGUUAUUUGUCAGGCAACACUGUUGCAUCAACAGCAUCACCCGCUCGCCAGAGUUACGCGACGUGUCAAAACUGUUGCUGUGAUUCAUAUGUGCUUCAAAUGUCAGAUUUUGUGUUUCAGUUUUUAAUGAGGUUCACUGAAAAACUCCUCUGAGUCAGAGAUGGAGAAACUAGAGACAUCAGAGCUUCAAUCUAGACUGUCAUCCCUGUCUGUUUCUUCUUUCCCUGGCAUAACGUCCAAAAACUGUGAAGCAAAUCCUUUAAACAGACUUCAAAGCACAGACCUUUCCCGGACAGUAAUCACACCGGACAACCAAACCAAAAUGGACGAUAACAGCAAUAACAGAGAAUCUCAACAGUCUACUGAGGAGCCCAGCGCAUCUCUCGGGAAAGCAGAGGCGGGUGACUCACAGGAGAGCAGUACUUCACACCCCGGGGAGAAAAAAGAUCUUCCUCCGAUGAAACCAGCAUCCACAUGGACCUCUGUGGCUUUGAAGGAGCUGAAGGCUAAACUGCGUCAGGAGAAGGACAGCGUGGUGACGGUAUAUCGUGGAGACAUUAUGACCGUCCACGUACCCGUUGUUCCUGAGGCCAAACGCGUGUGCUGGGAGUUUGCCACAGAUGGCUAUGACAUCGGUUUUGGGGUUUACUUCGACUGGUCACCUGUCACUAGCCGAGCCAUUACGGUCCACAUUAGCGAAUCCAGUGACGAUGAGGAUGAAGAUGACGAGCUGGAAGCAGGCCCUGUGGUUCCAGGAGAUGUUGAGAAGGGCUCUAAAUCAGUUGCGAACUCGAACUUGGGAGAGAUCCUGCCCGUGUACCGUCAGGACAGUCAUCUGGCAGUGCAGGGCGGCAGCCACGAGUUUCCAGGAGACGACGGCACAUACCUGCUGAAGUUUGACAACUCGUACUCACUGUGGCGGAAUAAGACUCUGUACUACAGAGUGUACUACAGUGCCUGAGGAAUCAAGUGCUUAUUUAAAACAAAGGUUUCAGUGAUACUAUUUUUCAUCGUAUGUAUUAAAUUACUGUAUAAUUCUCGCUAUUGUUGAUUUGUGCUUUUUGUUUUAUCCAAGCCCUAUCAUAGAUCAAAUUACUUUAUAUAUGUAUGUAUAUAGACACAAAAUGCUUUUUUUUUUUAAGUGAAUCAUGAGGCUCAUGAUACGUGCAAUGUGUUUCGUGUGGCUUUAAGAUGUUAUGUGCAAGAUGAUAUAUUUCAUAUAAAAGGUCCAUAUAUGUUUUAUAAUUGUAUUGUCUGACACCACAACAGAACUGUGGCAUCACAUAUCAGGGACUACAGAGUAAUCAGGGAAAGAAUAUGGGUGGCGAACCGGGUCGAAUCCUUUUCAAACAUUUCUACACAAUUCAAAGGCAAACAAAGAAAGUGAGAAAGUCAAUGUAGGUGACGUGGCAGAAGUCACUGUUGAUUCAGGUAAUGAUAUAUGAGUGUUUUUUGUUUCUUUGGUUGGUUUCUUGCUGUUAUAUGUCUUAUAAGAUUACAUGGAGCAGCAUCAGACACUAUUUCUUACAUACUUGUAAUAUUGUGUUUGUUUUCUCAGCCACAAAGACACUGGAAGCCACACCUAGUUAAGAUAUAUCUUAAAACUCAUAUUCAUAUGUUUCAUUGCAGUUGUAUACUCUACUAAGAUGGCAAUCACAUCAGUCACCAAAUGGUUAAAGCAUGCUUGUUUACAACUUUAAACCAUUUCCUGCCACAAAAGCUAAUUUGUUGCAUAACUGAUCCAAUAUUUACACGUCCCAGGCUCUCAUUUGGCAUGAUUAAGGGUUGUUUGGUCUUUGAGGUCUGUAUGGACACAAUGCAGAUGGCCUGUUGAAGACGUUUUAUUUACAUUUAUGCCAAGGUGACUUGGAAAACUGCUAGCGUUUAGGUUUCAUGUUUCAGAUAUGUUCAUUGGAAGAGCUUUCUUGCUUAUAUCACGUGCAAUAUGCCACACUAAGUACUGCCAGAAGGUAUAGUGUUUAGUUCCCUUUGAAUACUUAUUGAUUUUUGAUUAUGAAUACCAAAUCACGCUGCAAACAUUUCUUUUUGUACCUUAAAAUAUUUGCAUGUCUUGAGAGACUGUUGCAUUGUGCUGCUGAGGUACUUUAUUCUGCCGAUGUGCUUUUCUGCUCGUCCACCUUUUUGUAUGAUAUGCAUAAUAUAUAUAUAUGUCUGUCAUCCUUUUCUUGAUUUUUGUUUCUUGUGUGUUGUUCACAAUAAACGUUGACGGUGAAUUCA